UAGUCUAGGACUAGGCUUAAACCUGGUCUGUGAAACCGGGGUUAGGUAUAUUAAAAUAACACAACAUAUUCCACAAAUGCCAUCAAAUUACAGACAAACAUUUUACACAUUUUGCUUCCAAUUUUUAUGUCUAUAUUAGAUGUAUACAUAGGCCUGCCAAAUGUAGUGUAUAACAGUGAACAAGUAAAUUAUUGAAGUGUUAAAACAUGUAGAUAACCCUGAAUUAAAAAAAUAAAUAAAUACCUGACUUUCUCUAAAGAAUUAAAACCCAGUGCGUCAAACAUGAGGUAAGCAAAAGAAAAUGUUUCAGAGGGGAAGUGCAACAUUUAAACACACCUCUUUGUAUGAGGAAGUGGUUUAAAGAGCAAAACCACAAUGGUGUCAAGCAUUGACUUUAUUUGGGAGGAACAUGAAAACAUGUCUCAUUCUAGAAAUGUUAUCUGUAAAUAUUUGAACUUAUGGCUAUAUAUAGUCUGCUUAAAAACUGAUAACACUCUAAAUAUAUGUCAGUGAGCUCUGAGCUUAUGAUUAACAAAGACAACAUUUGUGUCCAACAACUACAGGCUGGCAGCAGCCGGUGCAAAUGUACCGCAGCACACAGAGGUAAACGCUGCCGGACAGUCCCACGGUCAGAGCCAGCAGGAUCAGACUCAGACCUGAAUAAACAUGGAAGCAAUUUGGCUUUACCAAUUUCGACUGAUUGUUAUUGGGGACUCCACUGUUGGAAAAUCAUGUUUAAUUAGGCGAUUCACAGAAGGCCGUUUCGCACAAGUGUCAGACCCAACAGUCGGGGUAGAUUUUUUCUCCCGCCUGGUGGAGAUUGAACCUGGGAAACGCAUUAAACUGCAGAUUUGGGACACUGCAGGCCAGGAACGCUUCAGGUCAAUUACCAGAGCAUACUACCGUAACUCUGUGGGAGGUCUUCUGCUCUUUGACAUAACCAACCGUCGCUCCUUCCAGAACGUUCACGAGUGGCUAGAAGAGGCACGCAGCCAUGUGCAGCCCCACAGCAUUGUCUUCCUGCUGGUCGGCCACAAAUGUGAUCUGGAACCACAGCGUCAGGUGAGCCGGCAAGAGGCAGAGAAGCUAGCAGCUGCAUAUGGCAUGCGCUACGUGGAGACUUCAGCACGUGAUGCCAUAAAUGUGGAGAGGGCUUUUACAGAGCUAACACAGGAUAUAUUCGAGCUGGUGAAGAGUGGGGAGAUUACCAUCCAGGAAGGUUGGGAGGGAGUGAAGAGCGGGUUUGUACCGAACGUGGUGCAUUCGUCAGAAGAAGUGACAAAGGGUGACCGCCGGUGUUUCUGCUGAGUCAGUAAUCGCCACACUGGUACUUAUCAAACAUUUGGGCCUUGGUGGACAAAACAACCCCACUUCCUCCAAUCACAGGGUCAGUCUUCAACUCCCUGAUUAUCACCCCUUUCCUGCCUGCUGAAUGUCUAAAUGAGUCCCACCAUGCCAUAUUGCUUCACUUUUCUAUAUUACUUUACUCAUUUACCUAAUCCCACAAUCUUGUAAAUGGACGAAUUGAACUGUUAAGAAUAAAAGGCUAUUGCAGAACUCCAGCUGAAAGGCCAAUCAGAACUAUAUCUGCACUUUAACUGUAACAUCUCUCAUUCAUUCUGUUGAGCCACGAAAGUUAGAUUUCCCAAAUGAAGAUGCUCUUGCUAUGGACAUCGCAGUAUCGAGAACAAGCUUGUUCCAGGUAUCUUCUAUUGGUUGUAUCAUGGGGCAGAUAACGGACUAAAACAAGUUUUACUUGCUGACUUAAAUGAUGAAUGCUGAGAUAUGCAUUUCUGUUGACUCGAAGAUCUCAAGACUUGAAACAUUUGACUGCUGGUGGUGUCAAAUGUCUGAUUAUUUUAGUAAAGACAAACAGAAAGGAGAUAUACUGCAAUAUACUACAUGAAACACACAAUCUGUCAUGAUUCCCAUAUGAAACAAAAAUAGAUUUUCCAUUAUAAUUGAAAUGGUGCGAGAUAAACGUCACCUGAAAUGAUAAUCCAUCAUAUCACCCAAAAGAGUAAUUUUAUGAUCUAAUGCUGAUAUUCAUAAGAGACUAUUAAAAGUAGAUCCAUGAGACCAAGAUGGAUUAAUAAACAUGCAUUAUUUUACAAAUAUUAACAUUUCACUUAUCACACAUUACCACUAGAGGCCUCUGGUGCUCACCAGAAUUAAACAGAAACCUUAAUCAGUUGUACUUUACACCUUUUAUCCCAAAGAGUGUUUCUGAUGUCACAGCUUGUGAUUGUACAGUACUAUCUAAUGUGAAAAAGCAAGCUCGUCCUAUAGGUUUUCUAAGUGCCCAGUGAGGGCCAUCGACCUUGUACACAUUCACAUCUGUAUCUAUAGAGAUUGCAUCACCACGUAAUUAACCCUUACUUUAUUCAUCUAUAACUUUAUCUUUACUUUUUUAAAUGACUUGCUCUUCACUUUUACUCUCACCCCUAAUAAAUAUUUCCAUAGCCACUUU